AUGCUCGAAUUUUCCAUGAAUUACAGUACCUUGAAUUUUUUAGUCUCCACGGACUGGCACUUGAACCGUACACACGUUGGAAUUGCAUAUCAUGGAACUGGAAAGUGGGGUCUCUCGGCUGUCGUGGAUCUGCGAAUGGAUGCCUCCAUCAAUGUGAGACCCAUAUUGCACCUCCGCGCCACUCUGAGGACCCCAAUCUCACUCAAAGAGGCUGCCAGCGAUCCCUCGAAGCCAGAAGUGCUUUCUAAUCCCAUGCGAAAUGUUCCGUCUGAUGUUGAUCUUGCCAUUCCGGAGCUCCAAACCCUUGGUGACGGGCCAAAUGGGACUGGGCGUGAUACAGAUGCUUUGAAACUCAAAUGUGAUCAUGACGGACAGGUUCUCAAUCAGGCUGAGUUGAUUUUGGAAGGGGAGAUGGUUUGGGGGGAUAAAGCUGUACGCUGUGUGGAUUUUCAAUACAUGAAGAAGGACUGGAAUGAUGAAAAUGAGAAGGAUGAGGAUGGGAAAUGGUGCGCACGCAGGACUAGCUGGAGAGUUCGCCACAUCAAAGGUUUUGUCUCAAGCCUACGUGCUGCCAAUGGAGAAAGUGCAACUGAAAUUGUCGCUGUUGGUCAUGGCAGCUUCUUCAGGAAGUCCAUUGGGGAGUCUCGGGGUGGCGAGUGGGAAGCUACCCAGUGGAGAAGCUUUAGUUUUGACGAAAAUGGGAAUUGA